AGUUUAUGAAGGUAAGGGUGGAAUGUUUACAACUAGCUCCACUGUCGUCAUCUCAUCUGCAUUUUGAAACCAGUUCCGCGGCCCGAUCACGCCAGCCGCCUCGCACCAGAUCCGUUUCUAUACAAAACUGAGGUGUAUCGGUAAGCGGACACUAUUCACGAUUGUGUUCUCUAAAGUGUCACCAUAGCGUUCACCAUUUUGCAAGUUGUGUGCCCAUGUCGCAGCGGUCUCUGAGCAGGGAGGUGUGGGAGGUGCGUGCUUCAGCGUUAGCUCGCAACACCCAUAACGUGAUCAGGGAGAUCGUCGAGAACUUACAAGUGGAACCGCACCCUAAUAAGCAGCUAAUUGCUCUUUCCAUUGGUGACCCGACUACAUUUGGAAACCUCAAUCCACCAGACCAAGUCCUACAGGCUGUGCGGGACAGCAUCGAAUCACUUAGCUCUAGAAGUUACGGCCCAGGUAAAGGACACCAAGAUGUCAGGGAAGCGGUGGCAGAGUACUGUGCCCACCAGGGACCGAUCACAGCAGAGGACGUCAUCCUCUGCAGCGGCUGCUCUCACGCCAUCGAGAUGGCCGUCACAGUGCUUGCUGAUGCCGGCCAGAAUAUUCUGGUGCCGCGACCGGGGUUCUUGAUAUACAGAACCUUAUCAGAAGGCUUAGGAAUUCAAAUAAAAUAUUACAAUUUGUUGCCUGAUCAGCAAUGGAAAGUCGAUCUAGACGAUAUCGAGGGACAAAUAGACGACAAGACCGCAGCAAUAGUUGUUAUAAAUCCGUCGAAUCCUUGCGGUUCUGUGUACAGUAAAGAACAUUUGACUGAAAUAUUGGAUAUUGCGUCGAGAAAUCGUGUUCCCAUAAUAGCAGAUGAGAUAUACGAGCAUAUGGUGUUUUCUGGCAAUCAGUACCAUGCGCUCUCUUCGCUGUCAGUGGAUGUUCCUGUGCUCUCUUGUGGUGGUCUGACUAAGAGGUUUCUAGUUCCGGGUUGGAGGAUGGGCUGGGUCAUCAUACAUGAUCGUCAGAAUAUAUUUGGGAAAGAAGUUCGCAGAGGUUUGAAUAAUAUGACUACUAGGAUACUUGGCCCUAAUACGCUAAUUCAGCGUGCCUUACCCGCUAUACUGCAACUCACGCCACAGAGCUUUUUCGACGAUGUGUUAAUAUUUCUAGAGAGCCAAGCCAAACUGGCUUACGAAGCAUUGCGCCGAGCCCCCGGAUUGCGGCCCGUGAUGCCUCAAGGAGCCAUGUAUAUGAUGAUUCAAAUAAAGAUGUCACUAUUUCCCCAUUUCGACAACGAGCUUCAAUUCGUAGAGAGACUAGUAUCAGAACAGUCCGUUUUUUGCCUACCCGGAAAGUGUUUCGAGUACCCUAACUACAUGCGGAUAGUUCUGACAGUACCGGAGGAUAUCAUGCGCGAGGCAUGCGAUCGCAUAACCGUGUUCUGCAGGGAGCAUGUCGCCUCCAGAGACAAUCUGAAGGAAGUCGAUAAUAAUUCCGUUUCUGUGGAGCCUGUCAGCGAAGUCAUCUGUGAACACGAACCAUAAUAAAUAUUCCUAUGAUUUUCGAAAUUCAUUUUUAUGAAAUCACGUGUACGUUUGAUUUGAGAGAAUAAUUGACGCCCGCUUCUCCAUACAAAAGUAUUAAAUAGUUCCCAUUUUUCUUUCUGGAUUAAAGAAAAAUAAACAUUAAAGAAAAUAUAGUAGGUACUGAUGGUGCUGAUGGAUGCUACUUUACGGUGGUACUUUAUGGUGGUAAUUAGUAUUUUACGUGCCUAUGUCGAAAAUUUAUUGGGCCAUAAUACUUAUGUAGAAUACUGUAAAACGUUGUACGAUUCACGUGCAAAUAGGUAAUUCGCAACUUGUGUUUAUUUAAAAAAACUCUCUUCGGUCAUCAUCGCCACUUGAUUUCCUACUUUUAGCACUUGUAUCAUAAUGUACUAUUUCAACACACUUGCUCGUUGAUAUUAAACCCGCAUGCUUUUUUUAAUUUUGUUUAAUUAAGUAUAAGUUUAUUCUACUACUUAUGUCCAAAGAUUUCAGGCGGGUGAUAUUUUAAUUUAAUGAUCACAUAGACUUCAUAAGUUAAUGUUAUAAAAAAAUCUCCGGUGACAGAAUUUCUGUUUUCGAGACAUACCUAAAUGGUUUUGUAAAUAGUAUUAUUUUAAUUGACUUGUACACUGCAGAUACAAUGGUAUUGCUUCAAUCUCGUAGAGUUACACCAGGAAAAGUCUGCAGCGAUUUUGAUACCCCACGCAUUGCAAGUGU